UAGCUCUCACUCGAGCGAAAACUGUGCAUAUGUUGUUUAACAUUUACCCAAUUCAAACAGUGCCUUGUCGGCAAGUGAUAGCACACAGAACAGAACAAGUGGAAGAAAGAUAUUCGUUUCUUGGGAGUGAGGAGUGACACACACGAACGAGAUGGUGAAGGAAACCAAGUCUGAUUUGAAUCCAUUGUUCGCGCAGAAGCACAGCCAUCAUCAUGUUCAUGUGUUCCUUAAGUUGGCAGUGUCGUGUCUCUUGGUGGGUCUCGCCAUUCGCCUCCUCUUCUUCACCGAUUCAUUCAGCUUGUCAUCUGCGGUGCAUAAUCCUCCUCCUCUUGCAGCUAACGCAAUAGUACAGUUACCCAUUCUUUCUUUUCCCUCUCCGCCCCCUCCUUCUCCUUCUCUUCAUUUUCCGCCAAACCAGACCCAAACCUCUCCCCGAGAUGCAGAGAAGUGUGAUCUUUUUGUGGGAGAUUGGGUGCCGGACCCAAAUGGUCCAAUGUACACUAAUGAGAGCUGCCGUGUGAUUGAAGAUCAUCAAAACUGCAUGAGGAAUGGACGUCCUGAUUCGGGGUACCUUUAUUGGAGGUGGAACCCAAGGGGUUGUCAAUUACCCAAGUUCAGUCCAAAGAAAUUCCUUGACAUGAUGAGGGAUAAAUCAUGGGCCUUUAUUGGUGAUUCCAUCUCUCGCAACCAUGUGCAAUCUUUACUUUGCAUUCUUUCCCAGGUGGAAGCAGCUGAUGAGGUGUACCAUGAUGAGGAAUAUAGAUCAAAGAUAUGGAAGUUCCCUUCCCACAACUUCACACUCUCAGUGAUAUGGGCUCCUUUCCUUAUCAAAGCAGAUAUCUUUGAGGACAUGAAUGGAGUUUCCUCUUCAGAAAUACAGCUUUAUCUGGACACUCUGGACGACAAAUGGACCAACCAAUACAAGAAUUUUGACUAUGUUGUAAUCGCAGGUGGCAAAUGGUUUCUCAAGACAGCAAUAUACCAUGAAAACAACACUUUAACAGGCUGCCACAACUGCCAUGGAAAGAAUUUAACCGAGGUGGGAUUCGAACACGCGUACCGCAAAGCAUUGCAGCAGGUUUUUGACUUCAUGACACACUCAGAACACAAAGCGGUUGUCUUCUUCAGAACCACCACACCAGACCACUUUGAGAAUGGGGAAUGGUUCAGCGGAGGGUACUGCAAUAGGACAGUGCCCUUCAAAGAGGACCAGGUAGAAGUGAGUUAUGUUGAUUCCAUCAUCAGAGGCAUUGAACUUGAAGAGUUUCACAAGACUAAGAAUUCAAGUGCCAACAACUUGAAACUUUUGGACACAACUGGGCUCUCACUGUUGAGGCCCGAUGGGCAUCCAGGUCCAUAUCGCCAGUUCCAUCCAAAGCCCAAUGCGAAGAAGGUCCAGAAUGAUUGCCUGCACUGGUGUCUGCCAGGCCCAAUUGAUUCCUGGAACGACAUAGUUUUGCAAAUGCUGACAAUGUGAUGGCUUAUCAAAUUCGCUACUUUCUUCUUAUCAGUUGAAUAGGAUUACCAAACACUACGGCGAUGUGAAAUUAGGAUUAAACAGAAUUGAAGAGAAUCAAAUAACAUUUACAUUAUGUGCAAGAUAAGCACAAGGGUAUAAUAAUAUAAGGACUAAUUAAGGAGGGGUGGUCUGGUCAUGGAUUAGAUUGAAUGGGUUUUGAAUAGAUAACUGAUAUUUUAGUUAA